GUCAACGACGCACGCUGCUGUGUGGACGCUCCGUAAGUGGGCCUGUCUGUCAAUUAAAUCCCCGGGCCACUUUUCCCCCCCAGUCCGCCCCUGCGUGUAGAUCUAAUCUAUGUUCACAUGUAAAUGAAGAAAGACUAAAUGCGGACCAGUCAACAUAGAUAAGAAUGUGUUAUUUUUUUUCACUUACUCUCCAAAUCGUCUAGUGUGUUUCUCAAACUGUAUCAUUAGAGGAAAUUGUAUUACAGGAGGCCCAGGUGCCGUCAUGGACACUAAAGGAUCAAGUUGGUCCAAGCAAACAAGUGGGCAGCUCAUCCUUCGCAGGAUCCCAGCAGCACCUGGCUCCUCACCUGGCUCCGCUUCAUUCAGUCCACUGAGAACCACGAUGGACCGGCACUACAAGUGGACAGCGGUCCUCCUGCCAGACCCCAGCCGGCUCCGCCUCAUCCUGCGCAGGACCCCAGCCCCCCCCUCCCAGAGUGGCUCCUCACCUGGCUCCCCAGGUACAGCUGCCUCUGGAUCUAACAUUUCUUCUUCUCGCACCCCCUUCAGGGUGGUCUGCAGCUCCUCCCCCGGCUCCCACCUUGGCCCCCCAGCUGGCCCCGCCCCUGAGCCGAAGUGGAAGAAGAACCUGAGGCUUCUGAUGAAGAGGAGGGACCAGGCUGGCAGCAGGGGGAGCAGGAGAGGCGCUGUGGAUGAAGGUAAGUCUGACCCUGGCUCCUCCUUUAGCUCCUCCUCCUCAUUUAGCUCUUCCUCCCACUCCUCCUCCUCCUCCCGCUCCUCCUCCCGCUCCUCCUCCCGCUCCUCCUCCCGCUCCUCCUCUCGCUCCUCCUCUCGCUCCUCCUCUCGCUCCUCCUCUCGCUCUAGCUCUUCCUCCUCCUCUACCUCAUUCUCUAGCUCUUCCUCUUCCUCUCACUUUUCUUCUUGCUCUUGCUUUUCUUGCUCCUCCUCCCCUGUCCUCUCCUGCAGACCCUCCCCACCUGUUCCCGAGGAGGGCUGGUCUCUUGUGCCGUGUGCUCAUCCCACCAGGAUCGUCCUCCAGUGGCCGCAGCGGUCCGGCUCCUCCCCCCGACCCGAGCCCCCCCGUGAGCCUCUACCGGUGAGGAAGGUCCCGGAGCAGCAGUGGAUGAAGAGCGCCCGACUUCUGAUGAAGAAGAGGAGCCAGGUGGGCAGCAGGUGGCGCAAGAGAGGAGCCGAGGCUGCAGGUAUGUCAGCAGGUAACGGUGCUGCUAAGCGCUUCUGUCCUUCCACUUAAUUUCUACAUGUUUUUUUCCCCCGGCUAAAUAGAGUAACAUUUGUUUAUAUUGUAUUUCUUAAAAUUGAAUUGAUUUGAAUUUGAGUUAAUUGGAAUUAUUUUUAAUAGAUUUCAAUUAAAUUACAUUUAUCGAAAUGUAAGCUGUUCAAAUUGAAUUGAAUAAUUAAAAAAACAAUUCGUUUUUGUUUAAAUGAUUUGAACGGGUAAGUAUUUUCUCAUUUAAUUGAGUUCAAUUCAGUCGAAAUGAUUUGAACAUAAAAAUAUUUAAAUUUGAUGAAUUCAUAUUUUUUUAAAUUGCACUGCUUUGACAUGAACUAUUUUUAAAUGUGAACGGUAAGUAUUGGAUUGAACUGAAUUAAAUGAAAGUGUAUCAGAUGUAAGGACCCUGCUCUGGUUAGAAUCCUUGUUGCCGGUCCAUUACUCAGGCAGGGUGUCUGCACAGAGUGGGGGGGAUCUGGGGGGGACAGUGUGAACCUCCAACGUGUUUCACCCCCUCAGUGAAGCCCCCCUGUGCAGAGAAGGAAAAGGAUGGCGACACCAUGUCAUAUCGGUCCAUAUGUCUGUCGAGGGCCACCCCAGCCAAGAAGAGUCUGCAGAGACAAGGGCCUCAGGGCAGGGGCCACACUGGGGAAGGGAGGCGGGGACAGUAACUGUAGUGGUACAAACUGUGAUAGUAAGAUCAGCAACAAGGUGUUUAAAAAUGGUAAAAAAAAACAUUGAAAGGGUUAAAAUGGGAUAAAAGGGUUAUUCAAUCAGAAAUAGAGGUUUAAAGAGCACAGAGGAGAGAUGAAAAGGAUCACAGCAGAGAAGAGUAGAGAAGAAACACUAAGGGAAGACGAGGAAUACGAGAAGAGGAAAUAUGAGAGAGGGGCAUGUGGGAACCCUCUCAUUAUUAAAGGUAAAUAUCAUUUUAACAUUUUCAUUCGUACUACUUGUUUUUAACAGUGUUUGCAUGUGUUGUUGUUUUUCCAGAGGGGAGGAAAGAAGCGAAGAGGAGAGGAGGAGGGAGGCAAAAUUAAGAGUGACAUGUCACAAACAACAUGGUAAUAAUCAAGAUAUCCAAUAUAAUUUCUAGAUUUCACAAAGUUAUUUACGUUUGUAGAAACUUCACAUGCAAAAAAGGUAAAAACCAAGUUAUUCAAUCUUUUGUUUCUAGAUUUCAGGAAGUUCAGUUCAUCUGUUCACACCAUAGACUGUAUAUAUAAAGGUUCACACGUUAUUUUUGAAGAUUCUAACAUCACUUGUUUUUAUUUUUAGAGAGGAGAGGGUAGGAGAGGAGGUGGAGGGGCAAAACUAGGCAUGACUUCUCAUGUAAAGAAGGUCAAAUACUCAUACUAGAUUUCACCAAGUUCUGUUCACGUGUUAUUUGAAGAUUUUAACAUGUUUUCCUUUUAUCUUUUAGAGACCUGAGAGGAAAUGAGGAGAGGAAGGGAGGAGGCAAUAAUUAAGUUUGACCUCUCACAAAAAAAGGUAUACAUCAUUUAAUGUUAUCACCACGUUUCGUUGAAUUGAGUUCAUUAGUACGACUUUUAAGUUUUAAAUUAUUAUUUUAGUUUUUAGAGGGAGAAAAUGAGAGGAAGAGGAGAGGAGGUGGAGGGCAAUAUGAAGGGCGUCUUUCCAAUGUAAAAAGUAAAUAACAAUGUAUUUCAUAUUUUAUUAAAAUUAAUGUGGUUGGAUAACU